AUGACGGCCGUCCCAAAUCCCCCAGCCAAGCCGGAUGGAGGCUCCGAUUUUGCUGAUAGCCUCCCGACCAAGGAGAAAGCCAACUCGGGAGACAAAGUCGAUUUAGAAGACGGCACUGCUGCGGAAACAUCUCUGCCUCACAGUGAUGCACCUGAUGGAGGCCCCGCUGCUUGGUUGGUUGUCCUUGGCGGGUGGUGUGUUCUGUUCUGCAGCUUCGGCUGGGUCAACAGCGUCGGAGCCUUCCAGGAAUACUAUCAGAAUGACCUUCUCAACACCUAUUCCCCCAGUACAAUUUCUUGGAUCCCCUCUCUACAGAUUUUCUUCCAAAUGGCCAUGGGUCCUGUUGUUGGGACCAUUUUUGAUAAUUUUGGACCCCGUUACCUCGUUCUUGUUGGCAGCUUCCUUCAUGUCUUCGGCUUGAUGAUGGCCUCUAUUGCCACCCAGUAUUAUCAGAUUCUUUUGGCCCAGGGAGUGUGCUCGGCGCUUGGCGUCGCUGCCAUCUUCCACCCAGCGCUGGGAGUGAUCCACGGCUGGUUCGACAAAAAGCGAGGCGCGGCCUUUGGCAUUGUCGCCACCGGUUCUAGCAUUGGCGGUGUCAUCUUCCCCAUCAUGGUGACCCGCCUCAUUCGACAAGUCGGCUAUGGUUGGGCUAUGAGAAUCUGCGCCUUCAUGAUUCUUGGCCUUCUUAUCAUCGCAAAUCUGACGAUCAGAGCCAACCACCCACCUCGCCCACAAAAGAUCACGAGGGCCCAGCUCGCGAAACCUUUUCGAGAGACUGAAUUCCUCCUCGUCGCGUGCGGGUUCUUUUGUUUCACUUUCGGCAUGUUCGUUCCCAUCAACUAUUUACCCGUCCAGGCCCUCGAGGCAGGUAUGGAUAAGGAUCUCGUUCUAUACCUCAUCCCUAUCCUCAACGCUACCAGCUUGUUCGGUCGAAUCUUUUCGGGCGUCAUGGGAGAUAAACUUGGCCGAUACAACAUCUUCGUGGUCGUGUGCUACGCCACUGCCAUUUGGAUUCUUGCCCUGUGGAUCCCCUCCAGCACGACCGGCGGUAUCAUUGCUUUUGCUGCCCUUUUCGGUUUCUUCUCGGGCGCCUACGUCUCUCUCAUCGCGCCUCUUGUUGCGCAAAUCUCUCCUCUACCCGAGAUCGGGUUCCGCACCGGCCUCGUCAUGUUUAUUUCGUCCAUCAGUGGACUGACGACAAAUCCGAUCAACGGUGCCAUCUUGGAUACCUCAACAGGCUUGCUGGGGCAUUCUCCAGUUUACCCCGCGCAUGACGGCCAUCUGGACAAACGCAACAUCAUGCUAGAAAGGUUGCCGAACGAGCUGUGGGCGUCUGUGAUCGCACAGAUCACGGAUAGACGGGAUCUCAACAGUCUGAGCCAAGUCUCGAAGACCGUCUAUGACCGAACGAUUCCCUUUCUCUACCGCGACCUAACCGUGCGGCCAUUGUCCGAGAGUUGUUUGAACUACAUCUGUGUUUUAAAGCUCCUCGAAACAAACUCAAGCGAACGGAAACCAUUACGCUAUGCAACUAGUGUCCGAAUAGUUGCUGGCUUCGUCACGAGAAUCGAACGCCGCUGCGUGCAUUACGAUGCCCAGACGUGGAAUGCGGAGGAUGCCACGGACUGCGAUACGCCCGACGGAAACUAUGCAUCAGCUAACGCCGAAGCAACCACCGAACAUCCUAUGUUGGAGAGCUUAGCAGACCGCGUCAACGGCAUCGAAUCCCUUUGUCUGAUAACCGAUGCCGGCUGCUCGUUGGGCGACCGCUCCCUCGCUCUCGACCAGUUCCAGCGCCUGAAGCGUUUGUCCUGGACUGGAUUACGGACUGAGCAUGACUUCGUAUCUCUUAAUAGGGUAUUUGCGAACUGUGCCCAUAAUCUGGUGGAAUUAGAGCUUGACUUCCUCGAUUGGAAGGAGCUCGAGGAGUUCUGGGAAGAUGAGGUCGGAUUCGAUGACCACCCCUUUAAGGCUAGGACCAUCAAUCUUGAUGAUGAAUCCGAAUCUUUUGAGGCAGCAAUAGACGCUAACGAUAUGGGCAUCUUGAGUCCCGCCUUCCUGGCUACCCUUUCUGGUUUCGAGGAAGACUAUGAAGACGAAGGAGACGAUGAGUGGUUCGACGAAACGUCCCCUAAUCCGCUUAACGAGCUGGACCUAGAGUGUCUUGGCCUAGCUUGUGGUCCUCAUCGUUUACAAGAGGUCUUGAAGCCCUUCGCCGAUAAGGCGUGCCUCCGAAUUCUACACGCCCGGCAGUCGGGCGCUGAUAUUGAACGGUUUGGUUCGUGGGUCUUCGACACUCUGGAAGUGGACGCUGCCUACUUUGCUGGACGACCCCAUGGGAAGCAUGUGAUACCCGACACCGAUCCUUUCUGCUGGGCUAGCCUUCCUGGCCACAACAACGCUGUCACAGUGCGUGUCCUGACUCAGGAUUUUCUUAACUUUGUGGCUUGGGUAUUCGGACCCAAUGGUAUUUCUUCGUUGGAGAUCCUCGUGUACGGUGAUUUCUCGUGCCAUGGUCGGUACCUGGCCAACUCGUUCAUGUUGCGGAAGAAGCAGCCGGACGAGGAUGGUCAGAUGCCCUGGAAAUGGCACGACCCGGAGCGCGGGCGCCAUCCCGAUAUUGAGGACCUCUUGCAUCGGCAUGCUGGAUUUCUGGAGGCCUGCCCCACUGAUACGAUCAUGCACUGCUGA